UCAAAUCCUCCACCCCCAUAUUUCUCUCUAAUUGCAAUCCUUCAAGAUCCUCACGAAACGUUGCCAUUCUUGCUCCAGAUUUUCUUUCUCUUUCUCUCUAGUUUUCUGAACAAUCACCAGCGACCCAUUAUUAAUCUCUCAGAGAAAUCCAUGGCUGCUCCUUCAAACAAAUCUUCUUCUACGCCAACAAUUUCAAGCAGAGCCAAUUUCAAUUCAAGAAACUCAGAACUUGGAAACCCCAUGAGAAGGAGUUUCAGUGGGAGCCCAUUUGCGAAACCCUCAAUUGUUGCCAACCCGAGAGGCUUCAACCCGAAUACUCCGGCUAAUAGUCCUUCAGAUAUUUCUCGAAUAAACUCUAUGGGGAGAGAAAGCGUGGUGGUCUCUUUACGGGAGGACCACGAGGACAAAGAAAAUACAAAAGACCAGAAUCCAACUCCGGGGAGAGUCCGAUCACCGGCUUUCACUUCGAGGGGCACAAAGAAUUUCAUGUCCCCGACGAUCUCAGCGGCUUCCAAGAUUGCCGCGUCUCCAAAAAAGAAGAUACUGGUUGAUAUGAACGAGCCAGCUCGGACUUCUGUUUCGCUCUCCAGCGAAAAAAAUUCAUUCCGGUCUGUGAGAUUCUCCGAUGUAGUGGAACAUAUUGAUGCAAAGGCUGAUGAUACUGGUUUGCCGGAGAAAAAGAUUGAGACCUCGGAUUACAAGGAGGGAACUUUUACGGCUUCUAAUUCAUUCCGGUCUGUGAGAUUCUCCGAUGUAGUGGAACAUAUUGAUGCAAAAGCUGAUGAUACUGGUUUGCACGAGAAAAAGUUUGAGACCUCUGAUUACAAGGAGGGAACUUUUACGGCUUCUUUAACUUCAGAAGCUGUCACCGAUGAACCAGCGACUGUCACCGACGAACCAGAUUGUGUUAAUCUUGACCCGACAUUUAAAAUUAGUCCGACUUCUUCGUGUUCGUGGUCGUGUCCGACGACAUUAGCGCCUCUUGAUGCAGACCCUUCAAUGCCUCCCUAUGAUCCUAAAACCAAUUUCCUCUCUCCGAGGCCUCAGUUUCUUCAUUACAGACCAAAUCCUCGAGUUGAGAGUUAUCUCAACGAUGAAAGUGAUGGCAGGCGGCUCGAGGAAAGCUUUUCGGACACUGAAGUUACAGAAGAGACCCAGUCUGAGGAUUCCCAGAAAGAAAGCGAGGAUGGUUCUUCGGAUGAAAUAGUAGAAGAAGAUCAAGAAGAGGUCCGUGUGUCUGAGGAUUCUCAGAAAGAAAACGAGGAUGUUUCUUCGGGUGAAAUACUAACGGGGGUUUCUGAACCAACCCCCAUUAGUACUCAAUUGCCAAAGGAGAAGCCACAGUUCUUUACGAGAUCAAAAUUCAUUGUGCUGCUUUUGGUUCUCUCACUCGCUGGUUUAUCAAUCUCAGUUAUUACCAAGUCUCCAGUCAUUGCUCCCGUUGUGCUUAAAGAGUCGAUCUUUUUUGAGAUUUAUGAUUCAUCUGGAAUUACUGAAUCAGCAAAAGCAAAUUUGGAUGGUUUAGCUAGAAAUUUUUGGCUGUGGUAUGCUGAUUCUAUCUCCUUUGUCUCGGAGCUGAUGUCAAAUUUCAGAGGAGUACAUAUUUCGGAUCCCCUCCAUUAUUGUAACUUGACUGCUUUGUCAGAGGAUAUACCCCUUAAUGGGUACCUUACGUUUGAUCGCAGUUAUAAAGGAAAUGUCUUAGGGUCAUUUAAGGAGAGAGAAGUUCAUAUUGAACCAGUAGAAGAGGAGGAGGGUCAGCCUGAGCUUGAAGUCGAUGAGGACAGUGGAGUCGCUUUAGAAGAACUUGAUGACCCAGAAUCAGAAUAUGAAGGACAAGUAAGCCAAGGAAAGAUUGAAGAGGUUUCAGAAGAGCAUGGUACUUCAGAAUCUGAGGAAGUGCUUCAGGCUCUAGAGGCUUUAGAGGAACUUGAUGACCCAGAAUCAGAAUAUGAAGGACAAGUAAGCCAAGAAAAGAUUGAAGAGGUUUCAGAAGAGCAUGGUACUUCAGAAUCUGAGGAAGUGCUUCAGGCUCUAGAGGCUGAGGUUAUUAUUCAAGCAGAUAAUUCAGAAGCGCGUGUUACUUCAGAAUCAGAGGAAGUGCUUCAGGCUCUAGGGGCUGAGGUCAUUCAAGCAGAUAAUUCAGAAGCGAAGACGACCCAGAAAGAAGUUGUUCUUGCUGGUAAUGUAAACUUCCAGGAACAGCCAGUUAUGCCUCCAAAGGGUGAAGAAAUUCAAUCUGAGGUUUCUGAAGCUGUGGAACUCCAAGUUGAAAAUGAGAUGAUUUCCUUUGAUAAAAUGGAGUCUGCCAAAGUAGAUGAGAAUCCUGAAAGCUCAGAAUUGGAUACUUCAGCCGAGAAUCUACAAAGUUCAGAAGUUGGGGAGUUUCCAAUCAAUGGGACAACAGAUAAUAAGCAUUUUAGAGAGGCUGUGCUGGGAAUUGCUUUGCUGGUUUUGGCCCUUCUUGCAGCUACAGUUUUCAUGUAUAUGAGGAAAGACAAAAGAACAAGUUCCUCAGAUUCUGCAAUCAAUGUAGAGCAACCUCUGUUGACUAAGAAAUUGGAUUCUAGUCCAAUGUCAGUUAGCACUGAGCAUAAUGUCCUCGAGAGACGACCAUCUUGGCCCACCGAGGUGGAAAUGGUUGGAGAAUCAUGUCCUUCGGAAAUGAGCAGCUUUGACAGGAGCUCCUCUUACAGCAAGAAAGGACUGAAGGAGUCAAGUGAAGCGCAGAGCCAGGAGAAGAGGAGGAAGCCCAGAAACAACUAUAAGGGGGAAUCACUUGCCUCUUCUUCCUCAGAUUUCUCCAUGGGUUCGCCUUCUUAUGGAAGUUUUACCACUUAUGAGAAGGUUCCGACCAAGCUUGGGCAUGGAGAUGAGGAGACUACUAUUAUUACGCCAGUUAGGCGCUCAAGUAGAAUCAGAAAGCAAGUCACUUCUCCAUGAUGACCAGACUACUAGUUCUGUUUUAUUUUCUGCUCUCCAUUGCGUAGCUGCACGCAAUCCUAUUGUGAAUUUAGCCACUAAUUAGUAGAUUUCUAGUUUGAUUGGUUGUAACACUUGUUAUUGUAACCUCUACUGAUCAGUAGUUUUUCUGUUUCUAAUUCAAGAUCGUUCUGAUUCUUAAUUCCA